UCCCCCUGCACUGCCAYUGUCCCCUGCAAGCACCCUUGGGUGCAGUGAAGGGAAGGUCUUUCCAUCCCGGCUGUGGCUUCCCCUCCUAAUGCCUUAAUCCGCGCCUGAUCCGCGGUGCCCCUGGGGCUGGUCCCGCUGACCUUGCAGGCACUGGGACCCGGUGGGCACCUUGGGGCACGAGCUGCCACCGCUAUUCACCAUGGCCUCCUUCUUCAUGGCCACCCUGAAGAGCUUCCAGGGGGGCAAGGACGAGUCACCCAAGGGGGCCCCCAAGGAUGACAAGGUGGGCACSCUGCCCAACGGCAUGGCCCGUGAGGAGUUUGAGGAGUACCAGCGGGAGCUGCUGGAAGAGAAGAUCGAGCGGGACAAGGCGUUUGCCCAGAGGAAGGCAGAGCGGGCCACGGUGCGGAUGCACCUGCGGGACAAGUACCACCUGACCCAGGACGAGCGGGACGGUGCCCAGGUGCAUGUGGCGGGAGGUGCGGUGGAGCUGCCGCAAGAGCUGGCAGCCAUGGUGCACAGCGAGGAGGAGGAGGAGGAGGAUGGCAGCGCCGGGGCCCUCGCCUUCCUGGGGAAGCUGCGCGAAAUAGAGCUGCCGGCRCUGCGGGACCGCGCCUUGGGCGGCGUGGGCCAGGUGAAGGACAAGUGCGCCCUGAUGUAGCACUUCAGCUACCGGAUACCGGAGCGCCUGUCCCCGCGAACCGCGGCGUGCGGAGCCUCUGGGCGCCCUUACUUGGGGUGGGGGCCCCAAUACACCAGCUGGGUGUGGGUUUUCUUCCCCAAAACCAUUCCCAGUUGCUUUCCCAGGGUGUGCWGGGGUGCAGGAUGUCUGGGUAGCCUCCACCCGUUAUGGUCAAGUCCCU